AUGGAAGACAUAUUUCAGUGGUGUAGAGAAGGAAAUGCUUUGCAGGUGCGAGUUUGGUUGGAUGAUACAGAACAUGAUAUGAAUCAAGGUGAUGAUCAUGGCUUCAGUCCUCUGCACUGGGCCUGUAAAGAAGGACACAUCAAGAUUGUGGAGAUGCUCAUUCGAAGAGGUGCUCGGAUAAAUGUAACCAAUAUGGGAGAUGACACCCCAUUGCACCUGGCUGCUGCCCAUGGACAUCGUCCUAUUGUGCUCUUGCUGCUCCAAAACCGCGUGGACGUAAACUUUACAAAUGAGCAUGGCAACUCACCUCUACACUACGCCUGUUUCUGGGGCUACAGUGCUAUUGCCGAGGAUUUAGUGCUUGCAGGUGCUUUAGUAUCGCUCGCCAAUAAAGAUGGUGACACACCUCUUGACAAGACUAGGGGACAACUUGUACAAAGAUUGCACGAACUCGCUAUUCAGCAGGGUCAAGAUCUCAAGAAGAUCCAGUUCAAAGACCAGUCCUGGCUGGGUCUGAAGACCAGAAGCCGCGAUGCGACAUUAUCGCGCCAUAAGGGUAUCAAUAUCAACGAAUUAGCACUACAUACCCGUAUUGCUGUCACUCCUUCAGGUGAAACAUGGCGAGGUCGUUGGCAGAAGAACGACAUUGUUGCUAAAAUAAUAGCGGUACGUGAGUGUACUCCUCGUAUCCAGCGAGACUUUAACGAAGAAUUCCCAAAGCUGCGUAUAUUCUCACAUCCCAAUAUCUUGCCUGUGGUGGGCUGCUGCGUGUCGCCGCCGUCGCUGGUGGUGAUCUCGCAGUACAUGUCGUGGGGCUCGCUGCACGCGCUGCUGCACGGCGGCGGCGCGGGCGCGGGCGCGGGCGGGCGCGUGGUGCUGGACGCGGGCGCGGCGCUGCGCCUGGCGCGCGACGUGGCGGCCGGCAUGGCCUACCUGCACUCGCUGCAGCGCGACCGCACGCUGCCGCCCUAUCAGCUCAACAGCAGGCACAUCAUGAUUGACGAAGACCUUACGGCUCGCAUCAAUAUGGCAGAUUCGAAGUUCUCAUUCCAAGAGCGAGGACGUAUUUAUGCCCCAGCUUGGAUGUCUCCUGAGGCUUUGAUGAAGCCUGCAUCUAAACGUAAUUGGGAGGCUGCUGAUAUGUGGAGUUUUGCAGUCUUGCUUUGGGAACUCGCUACUAGAGAGAUUCCAUUCGCUGAUUUAUCGCCGAUGGAGUGCGGUAUGAAGAUUGCACUCGAAGGGUUACGUGUCACUAUUCCACCCGGAGUUUCCCCUCACAUCUCCAAACUGAUCAAGAUAUGCAUGAACGAAGAUCCCGGCAAACGACCUUCCUUUGAAAUGGUGCUACCUAUUUUAGAGAAGAUGAAGCGCUGA